CUGACUAAUUGAAAACGUGGAUUUCUCAUCAUGUCUAUUCCUGGAGUCUUGUUUUAAUAAUUGAAUAUGUCUUGUAUUAAUAAUUGAAUUCUGUAGUUUGUUGUAGUGCGACUAGAGUAAUUCAUAUGCCAGGUCACUUACAGAGUUUUAGAUACUCUUUUGUGAAAGGAAAACAUUGAGUGUGGUGUUUUGAGUGCCUGGUCCUGCCUGUGCAGUUCCUGAUCAGAUGCUAGACAGGGAUUGCUUGGUGGUAUAUGGAAGACUGAACAUGGGCAGUGAGCUAAGAAAUGUGAUGAAACUGCUACAGAAUUUCUUUGAGGAUUGUUCUGUGAUGGUUGGCACACCAGCAGCCUGUUGAAAAGAUGAGAAUUUCAUGUUGCAUAAUUAAAGGAACCAGUGAAAUAGACCAUACAGUCAGUGAGCAAGAUGAAUCCCCUGUCCUUUAAAAUGUCUGAAAAUGGACCAUCAGAGUGAAAAUGCAUUUUUAUUUUCACACAAUUUCUUUCAGAGAGAGCAUGAAGUACUGUCUUACUGUCUUGUGGACACUUUUGGUUAGAGAAGUUACAGUCCCUUCCUAUUUUGGUUUGCAAGCAUUUCCUAAGUUUAAACUUCCUUUAUUCUAAGAAGUAGAUACAACAAUAGAAAGAGACUUCAAAAAUGUCUGACAAUGACUCUUAACUUUAAAAAUUCUUCUGGGACAUUAUUUUUGUUGCUAAACUGAAGCAGCAGUUUUAACCAUUUUUGUUAACAGAAACUAUAAAGUUUUUAAGACAUACUGCUCACUUGUGGAAGAGUUACAAAUUUCAUUACCUGGCAAAAGAAAAAAAGAAAAGAAGGAUGAUAGAAUUAAUUUAUACCCAGAGUACAAUUGCCUGUCAUAAAAAUAUGUCAACAUAAACCAAAUAUUACCAGGAAAGGGUGGAUAGUGGCUUUUAUCUUUUUGGCCACUCUGUUUUAAUAUCUUUUUACUUUCCUGGUUUUGUUUUGUUGUUCUGAAAAUGAGUCAGGAGUACAGCUGAACACAGGUUAGCCAUUACAGCAUUAGAGUUUCCUACACGGUAGUAUCAGAAAGAUUUUUUUUUUUCUUUGUGUCUCAAAUGUAAAUGAGCAGACCAAGAUAUCUGCUCUCUGAUUGGGGUACUUCCUUGGCUGAGUAUCUUCUAAAGAACUGCUUGGUGGUUUCAGUGUCAGUCAUUUCCUCUAAAUGUCCUGCAUGCAUCUGGAAAUUUUCCAUGCUUAAAUAUGAAAAGUCAUGUUCUUAAAAUCUUAACUUUUAAAAGUGAGGAUAGUUGUCUUUCUCACAGCAGAAUACCAAUUCUGGACUGUUAGUAAUUUCUUCAUAUUGCAGGUAGUUCAGAGUGGUGGUUCUACUGUUUAGUAUGUGUUUAAUGUGGGGGGAAAAGGGAAGAUAAAGAUAAGACAUUUACUUGUGGAUCCUGUUGCCGUAUUCGUCUUUGCUAUAUGUUUAUUGCCUAGCAAGUCUAUUUCAGUAAAAAAUGGAAGCAGUUUAGUAGCUGCUUCAAUAUUUUUCUAGCCAGACAUGUUCUCGACUGAUUUAAUCCUUGUCAUAGCCACACACAGAGAAAAAUUCUGCUAAAAGCUCAUGAAGUGGAUCUCCUAACUUCAUAUACGUAGAUGCCUUGCAACACACAGGCUUUCCAAGCAUGGUGUAGAAGAGUUGGGUAUUUAAGAUUUCAAGAAAUCAAGUUAGAUCUAAGAUCAAAUAAGAAAUUUUGAGGGAGGGAGGGGGAAUUCAGUUAGGCAGCUAUAUACUCCAGGAAAGCACUCUGAGAUUUAAGCCAUGGUACAAAGUUCGCUGGCUCUCAUGAUCAACAGUGAAACUGCUGAAUUUUGUUUGGAUGCUGCAGUAUGGCUAGCAGAAGAGUGGCUACUGGUAUUACUUAGUAACAGUGCCACAGUAUGUUUUCUGGACACAAAAUAACAUUAAACCAGUGAUAGACAUACAUGCUGUCAAGAUAUUUGCAUGGAUAAUAAAGUUUUGCAUUUUUGUACUACUGACAUUCAAGCAUUUAGUAAAAGCACUUGGUAAACACUAAUGAAUUUGUUCCCACAACAGAGGUGAAGACACGAAAGCCAAUGUUUUUCAAAUUUAAGUAUUUAAAAUUAGACACCAAAGUGUUUUUAGAACCCAUGAAGAAAAAAGAUUGAAUUUUUACAACUGUAGAAUACUCACAGCUCUCUGCAAAUGGCUUCAUUACUCAUACAAAAUACAAGCAUUUGUACAAGACACACGAUUUUUCCCACCAGUGUGGAAAGAAAAGCCUCAUCCUGUUAAAGUUAAUUGCCAAACUCUCAUUCUCAUUCAGGGGGUCUGUAUUUAGUUCCUGGGUUCUGGGGAAACAGCAGUUGGUGAUGUGUUGCUGAAGCUGCUGCUAAGAUUUUUGAAACUGAUUUCAGUGAGAGUUUUGAACUUUGAGGGUUGGACCAUUACAGGUAACUACUCUGGUAAGUAAUUGUAUGUAUACUUAUUUACAUCAUAUCAGGUUUUAGCCCCAGAGUGCGCAAAAAGGAGAACGGCAGCACCAGCAAAGUCGACCAUGCCUUUCCUCAGCAAAAAGUAUAAAUAUAGAAAUAGGGAGGAAGCAAAGGCUUGCUGAAUUGCAACAAUAUCAGAUAAACAAGGAUAAAAUUAAAAAGCAGUUUAAAUUAUCAUUAUGAUAUGUACACAGGUUGAAGAAAAAAAAAAUAGAAAAAGUCGAAUAUAAUGCUAGCAAGCAAAACCCAUCAGGGAGGGAGGGAGGGAAGCAAGAGGGAACCUCAAAUCAACCCUCCUGACCUCCACAGAUAAGGAUCAUGUUGCUUAAAGAAGAACUUGCACUUUAAAAUACGAGCUUGAAGAAACUGUAUAUUUCUUAACCAGAACUCUGCUUUAAGAGAGUCUUAGAAAAACUAGAUAUAUCUAGUAUCAAAAGCUUUUUAUUUUUUCCCCUCCUGAGAAAAAUUUUUUUGGAUGCUUAUUGGAUUUUUGACCCAUCCUAUUUUAACUCCUUAUGAAUCUCAACCUUUUUGGAUAACUUUGCCAGAUACAGCUUCCUUCCCAGACUGACCUGAGCUGGAUACCCACCAUGAACAACAGCACUGCUGAAAUUCUGCACGCGGCUGAGAUGUGUAACGAGACUUGUUCCAGCCAGCCGCGGAGCUCCGAGUUCUCCCUGGGUGUGUUGGUGCUGCUGGCUUUCCUCAUGGUGUUGCUGUCUCUGGUGACCAUCCUUGGAAACAUGCUGGUGAUCCUUGCUUUCAUUAUGGACAGAAACCUCAGGCAUCGGAGUAACUAUUUCUUUCUGAAUCUUGCUGUUUCUGACUUUGCAGUGGGUGUGUUCUGUAUGCCGUUGUACAUCCCUUAUGCCCUGACAGGGACAUGGCACUUGGGAAGGAGCCUGUGCAAGCUCUGGCUGGUCGUGGACUAUCUCCUGUGCGCAGCUUCAGUGUUUAACAUCGUCCUUAUCAGCUACGACCGUUUCCUGUCCGUUACAAAAGCUAUAUCUUACAGAGCCCAGCAGGGAAUAACAUCCAACCCUGCCAUUGAGAUGGUGGCCAUCUGGGUCUUAGCAUUCCUCCUGUACUGCCCAGCCAUCCUGCUUUGGGAGCACGUGGCCGGACACAGCGUGGUAGCUGUGGAUCAGUGCUACGCCGAGUUCUUUGACAACUGGUACUUCCUCCUGUGUGCAUCCACCCUGGAUUUCUUUGUGCCCCUGGUCUUGGUGACCUACUUCAACGCGCACAUCUUCCACAGCAUCCGGCGGCGCCAGCUGCGUGGCAGCGUGCAGGACUGUGAGCCUCCCAGGAGCAGCAGCCUGUCCUGGAGGUUUUGUGGCUUGCCAAGGCCAGGGGCAUCAUCUCCUUCGUCAGAAGCAGAGGACAGUGUUUCAUCGCUAACGCGGUCAUGGAGACCAGCAGUGGGGGCUAAUGGUCCAUCUCGAACAGAAACCAAUUCUACAGCUCCCCAAAAGAACUUUUCUGCUUCUUUCUGUUCAAGAUCUGGAUCAAAACUGCAACGGGACAAGAAAAUAGCAAAGUCUCUUGCUGUAAUUGUCUGUGUGUUUGUCAUUUGCUGGGCCCCAUACUCUUUAUUAAUGAUUAUCCGUGGGAUCUGCCAAGGAGAGUGCAUCCAUAACUCCCUCUAUGAAGCAACCUUUUGGCUUUUGUGGAUCAAUUCCUCUUUGAACCCAUUUCUUUACCCUCUCUGUCAUGUGAAAUUUCGAAUGGCUUUUCUGAAGAUAUUAUGUCCCAAAAAGUUUGCAACAUUGAGAUCUGGUAACACACCUUCUAUUUAGAGAGGUAAAAGAAAUGUCUUACAGAUAAGGUUCCUCUGUUAUUUAGUGAUACCUUUUCAUAUGUGUCGUUGGCAUGAAUAGAGAAAAAACCCAUUUGUUUACUAAUGACAUUGUUUAAUAGUGCAGCAGUUAUGUAAUGCCCUGAUGCUGCUACUUUUCAGGAUCUCAUUUUUAAUUUUGCUGGUAUGAUCCUAGAUUAAUUACUGUCUAGUGCAUUGAAAAGAAUAAUAAGCUUUGCUGGAUGUUCUCUUGGUUUGUGAGUGUGAGGGAUGUUUUUUCUUUCUCUUUUUUUUUCUUUUCUUUGUUUAAUACAUAGAGCUGGCACUGUGAAAGAGCUCUGCUCUUGCUAUCACAAUAGAGAGUCACUGGAGGGAGAUACCUACUUAUGUAUGUGUUGAAUUAAAAUUUAUGUUCUAUUUAUGAAUCUAAAGCUAUCAGUGAAGAAGCAAUACUGCUACAUUUUUAAAAGUUUCCAAAAAUACUCACAUAAGCAGUAUAUUUUCAUUUCAUGAACUAUUACAAAGACAAGAGAGUUCCCUUCCUUGUUAUAAUCCCCACAGUGAGCAAUAUGCAAGUGAAUGGACUGCCUAACCUGCCAUAUCUGUCCUUUUCAAGUUUUAAUGUAGCUCAUACCUGGCAUUGCAGAACAAAUUACAUGUAAAUUAGUAAUUCUGAAUGAUUUUCAGAGAAUGAAAUUUUCCAUGCUAUGAGAAUUUUGAGACUGGUGAUCAAAAGUGUCAGACACAAAUGGUUGUUAGUCUUUUCACCCAUACUGUUUUUUCACCUGACAGUGGCUACCCCUUUGGUCAUGCUUAAAUGAUAUUUAGUGCCAGAUCUAUGUACUAUGUGAUUGCCUAAAAGAUAGGCCAGGCUUGGGCACGUGAUCACAUUCCUGUUGAAUUAGCAGAGCAAGCAAUGCUAAGUUCAUACUGGAUUUUUGAUUUUGGCUGGCUGUGUGAGAAUAGACAAUAGCCUCUCGAGUGUAAAGCUUUACAAGUGCAAAGAUAUUCCAUCAAAAUGUCUGGAACAAAUUUGAUCUGACAGAGUGAUUUUUAUACUAGAUCAGUGCUUUGUGUCCUGUUACUGUGACAUUAUAUGGAUUUUCUCUGCCACAGAACAAAUAUCAAACUCGAUUUUUUCAAUUAGGGAGCAAGGGCCAUAUUUACUGCUUGAGAAUGAGGUUUACAGAGGUCUGGAAGCUGAUGCAGAGAUAUCUUAAGCAGCUCUUAACAAACAAAGCAGUUGAAUGUCCAGUGCUGAAAGGAGUGAGUAGAUGUCUUGGAGGAAGCCACGGAGCUUGAUUACACCCCAUUCCACGUGCCAAACUUCCUUACCAUGUAUUGAGUGUUGUAACUCACCCAGAAGGCUUUCAUGGAUGGGUAAGUGAGAGUCACUGGCUACAUCUUUCCCUCUCCUUUUGUGUAAUUUUAUUCCUCUUUUUUUAUAAAUAUAAUAAUGUAUGAAAUAUGGAAAGAGAAAUCUGAUGCACAGAACAAUGAAGAGCAGCAGUCAAUUUAAAUAGUUUUUGAUCUAAUUUGAAAUUGGCUGUAGGAGUGUUGCCAUAACAGAGUACUCCUUUGCAAACACAAUUCAAAUGCAUGGAAGCAGUCUAAUUAUAGCACAAAAGUUGAUGGCUUUGAAGAGCUAGAAUGUCUUUCUGUUCAGAGGUCUGGAACUGAAGACUUCUCUUGCCAGUUUUCACACUGCUGGAAGAUUCUCUUUCACCAUUCAUCCUUGCUAUGCUUCCAUGCCUCAGGUGGAUAGUGUUAUGGAUUGUGAGCCUAAUUGCUAAGCUUCAGGAGGAGGUCAUUGAUUCAACACAGCUGUUUUUACUGUCAUGAGCUGUAGUGCAGGCAUAGAUUUUGUGGGGCUUGUUUUUCUAUGAUGCUUAAAAAAUCUAAACACACACACAGAGUUAAAACAUUUAUAGAAGGGCUGGUGUACUAAACAUCUGUUAAAUAGAGAAACUGAAGAUGGGCCCAAGAUAGAAAUGUAUUUGUGUUGUCUGCUUUCUAUCCCUAUGCUUUUAGUAUAAAAAUUCAGUUUGCUUUUUGGGCUUAAAGAAUGUAUUGUUCACUUUGGAAAAAUAACCUACUAAAAAAUUAUUCACUAUUUAAACCAGAUAAUCUACAUUUUGCAGUGCUGAAAAACUAGAUAGCCAGGGAAUUUGCCAGGCAGCACAAUCUGCAGUGAACUUGAAACAACAUAGCUACUAGAGAUCAGUGUUUUUUAGAGUCUGUUUUACACACACAGCGUUCAAACUGUUUUCUCACACCACUCCUUUGUAUUUGUGAAUGAAUUUGUUGUUGAAAAUUUUGCUUAGUGCUCCCAGGGUAAGUCAAGCACUGGGUUGCUGUGCCCACAGCUUUAAAGCUGUCUUGGUCAGGGUGGCAUCAUAAAUAUUCUCCCUUGUAAAUCACAAAGCAGACAUUUUUCAGGGUUAUGGUAAAAUACUUGUUCAGCAUAUGUUCUUUUGCCCUGACUUAAAUGGAUAUUUCUUGACAAAGGGUUUUCUAACACAAAUCUCUCUAACCAGUCACUCAUCCACUAUUUCAUGUCCUUGAAUUUUCUUCUGUCUUUGCAGAUGUUCAGUAGGCCUUCUAAAUACAUGGUGACAGUACCUAUAUGACUUUGUGAGCUUCAACUCAAAACACAGCAGUUUUUUUUACAAUAUGACCUUCUCAGAUUUAAAAAAAAGAAACAAAAACAAUCAACAAAUAAAAACAUAUGUUGGAAGAAA